CGGCCGCGUGACUUGACUUGACUCCAAGGUGAAUCGAGUGCUUACUGGACAUACAUACAGUUUUCCUAGCAUAGUGAGUUUGGCCUGGCAUAGUGCGCCCUUGGGUCGUGCGUUACGUUCGUGUGUGCGGCGGGAGAAGAAUUUAUCGACGAAAAAAAGGACAUUUCGGUAGGUCAGCAGGACAAACAGCAGCAGCAGCGGCAGUGGCAAAAGUUUGGCUUGCGGUUGUUUGGCUGACGACGACGAUGAUGAUGAUGAUGAAGAGAUUGGUUGUUUUCGUUACGGAUGCAGCGGGUCUGAUCCCCACCACCCCUUGAGGCAGCAGCAGCGAACUGCUGAUGGAAAAUUAAACUUUGAAAAGUCGAUUCGGCAAAAGUUGUACCGUGGAGUCGUCGUUGAAUGAAAUCGGUGCGGAAUCGAUGUGUUCUGUUAAGUGAUGCAAGGCUUCCGGGAGGCGAGGUCCUGGCAUGUUUCGCGAGUGAUGGCAUCGAAUUAAAAUUUAAAAUCCAAUUCAAUCGAGUCAAAGAGCUGACGCAGAGUUUGAUUUAUUGUCAGCCUGCUCCGCGGUGACAGUUCAAGUGAAAGGUUUUCGGGUUCGAUUCGUCGGUCGGUCGUUCGCAGGAACCACGGAUUUGGGUGGGGCGGUGGCAGCGGUCGCAGCUGCGGAAGAAGAGAACCGUGUGUGUGCGAAGUGCGCUCGAUGUGAAGAGAAGAAGUGUUUUCGUCUUGCUCGUUUGGCAGCAGUCGAUUGGUUUUGGUGCAAGUCAAUUCGAUACGGUAUCGGGAAGCAGCCGUCCGUCUGACAACGAGGCGGAUGAAGAGAGAGAUAAGCAAGAAUCCGACAGCUGCGGGUUGAUGUGAGAGUGUUGUAUGGAUUGCGAUCCCGAAUGUUAUUGAUAUUCAAAUCAAUAUGUCAUCUCAGGGGCAAUUUAUCGCGAAAAUGGCGCAAUUUAUUGCGCUGAUAAAAGAAUAAAAGUCAGUUCUGAUUCCAGGAUUUUCCACCCACACUCGGGUGGGUGGCUUUGGUGGAUAAACACAAGCAACGGCACCGCUCGAACGCAUGCCUCGCUCGUAACCAGCUGAUAACAGGAACACAAGUCAGCGAAAUGAGUAAUGGUCGUAAAUAGAGACUCGUAAAGGAAAUCCUUCACCCCUUGCCCCAUCACUGUCUGAUCAAAUGUGAAUGUGCUUUCUUCGUCCAAGUAAAAUUUCGUCGUGUAACGUGUUAGUGCUAUCCCUAGUGUAUAAGUGAUCGUCAAUUGUGUCCGUUUUUCCCCCAAUUCAAAAGAAGAUUAAUUCGAGUGAUUUUUCAUAAAAAUUUUAACCGCAAAUACCACAUCUCACAGUGUAAGCAACCGGGAGGAGAAAAAUUACCCUCACUUUGUCCCGGGAAAAAGAGUGAUUUUUUGUCGACAAACUCUCAAGCUCCCCCGAAAUAAAUUUAAAAAAAAGAACGUCUUAAAAUAUUAUCAUAAAUCGUGAGGAAAAUUGCCAACCACCCCCCGCAAAAGCGGAAAACGCUUGCGCGCACCCAUCACACAAGUUAAUCGCUCGCGUGAAAUUUCCACCCGGCUAGGACAUUUCCGCCCUCACCCCCUCUUCCCCCAAAAAAGGUGUACUCAAACGAAAAGAAAAAAAACAUCCCGACAAUUAUGGAAUUAAUCACGACGACGUCGACAACAAAGACGAGCAAAGCUCGUCAACCGUGCCACUACCAGAGCCACCAUCAUCCCGGUCGAUGGCGGCGAAGGCGUUGGCAGAACCCGGUGGCGUCGCUUCUGUUGCUGCUGCUGAUGCUCGCGACUACCCGGACAACAGCGAACGCUCAAACGUCGCCGCAGACGGAGAAAAUUCCACUGGGUGCCAUCUUCGAGCAGGGCACGGACGAAAUCCAGUCCGCCUUCAAGUUCGCCAUGCUGAAUCACAAUCUGAACGUGUCAGCGCGCCGUUUCGAGCUGCAGGCCUAUGUUGACGUAAUUAACACGGCGGAUGCGUUCAAAUUAUCACGCCUCAUAUGUAAUCAAUUUUCCCGCGGCGUAUUCGCCAUGCUCGGUGCCGUCUCGCCGGAUUCCUUCGACACGCUGCACUCGUACAGCAACACGUUCCAGAUGCCGUUCGUCACGCCCUGGUUCCCGGAGAAGGUCCUGACGCCGUCGUCCGGCUUUCUCGACUUUGCCAUCAGCAUGCGGCCGGACUACUACCAGGCCAUCAUCGACACCGUGCGGUACUACGGCUGGGAUCGGAUCAUCUACAUGUACGACUCGCACGACGGACUGUUGAGACUGCAGCAAAUCUACCAGGGCCUCCGGCCGGGCAACGAGACGUUCCACGUGGAAACCGUAAAGCGGAUAGCGAACGUCAGCGAUGCCAUCGAGUUCCUGCGGACGAUCGAGGAGCUGAACCGGUGGUCCCGGAAGCACAUCGUUCUCGACUGCAGCACCGAGCUGGCCAAGGACAUCGUCGUGAGCCACGUGCGUGACAUUACGCUCGGCAAGCGCACCUAUCACUACCUGCUGAGUGGAUUGGUGAUGGACGACCGCUGGGAAAGCGAAGUGAUCGAGUACGGUGCAAUCAAUAUUACCGGCUUCCGGAUUGUGGACACUAGCCGAAAGUACGUGAAGGAAUUCCUGGACGGCUGGAAACGGCUGGAUCCGCUGACAUCGCAAGGGGCCGGCAAGGAGCUCAUCUCCGCCCAGGCCGCCCUGAUGUACGAUGCGGUUUUCGUGCUGGUGGAAGCGUUCUCGAAAAUCGUUCGCAAAAAGCCGGAUCAAUUUCGGGCGUACACCGUGCGCAACCGGGGCCAACCGUUCAACGUGCCACCGAACGGGACCCGGCCGAUGGAUUGCAACAUGUCCAAGGGAUGGGUGACACCGUGGGAACAUGGUGAUAAAAUCUCCCGCUACUUGCGGAAGGUGGAAAUUUCCGGCCUUACGGGAGACAUAAGAUUUAAUGAAGAUGGCAAACGGCAAAACUACACACUGCACGUGGUCGAGAUGACGGUGAACAGCGCGAUGGUGAAGGUGGCCGAGUGGUCCGACGAGAACGGCCUGACGCCGGUGGUGGCCAAGUACACCCGGCUGAAAACGGACAUGAACUACGAGCGGAACAAGACCUACAUCGUAACGACCAUCAUCGAGGAGCCGUACAUUAUGCUCCGGCAGCCGGAGCCGGGCGAAACGCUGGAGGGCAACGAUCGCUUCGAGGGCUACUGCAAGGAUCUGGCUGAUUUAGUGGCGAAAAAACUUGGCAUCAACUACGAGCUACGCAUCGUCAAGGACGGCCAGUACGGCGCCGAGAAUCCGGAGGUGAAGGGCGGCUGGGACGGAGUGGUCGGCGAGCUGGUCCGAAAGGAGGCAGACAUCGCAAUCGCAUCGAUGACAAUUACCUCCGAGCGGGAGCGCGUUAUCGACUUCAGUAAGCCGUUUAUGUCACUCGGCAUUUCCAUUAUGAUCAAGCGGCCGGUCAAGCAGAAGCCAGGCGUGUUCAGCUUUCUCAAUCCGCUGUCGAAAGAGAUUUGGAUAUGUGUCCUGUUCAGCUACGUCGGCGUCAGCAUCGUCCUGUACAUAGUGUCACGCUUUUCACCAUUCGAGUGGCGGCUAGUUAAUUAUAACGACAAAGGAAAUACGUUUGGCCUACUUGCAGGCGAGCAGCCGGACGCCGUCCCGCAGGCCACGGUGAACGAGUUCAGUAUACUGAACUCGUUCUGGUUCGCCCUGGGCGCGUUUAUGCAGCAGGGCUGUGACAUCUCGCCCCGAUCCAUCUCGGGCCGGAUCGUUGGCUCGGUGUGGUGGUUCUUCACGCUCAUACUCAUCUCGUCCUACACUGCCAACCUGGCGGCGUUCCUCACCGUCGAACGGAUGGUCACACCGAUCAACUCCCCCGAGGAUCUGGCCUCGCAGACCGAGGUCCAGUACGGGACGCUGAUACAUGGCUCGACGUGGGACUUUUUCCGGAAAUCGCAAAUCUCCCUGUACAGCCGCAUGUGGGAGUACAUGAACUCGCGAAAGCACGUAUUCGUCAAAACCUACGACGAGGGAAUCCGGCGGGUGCGGACGUCCAAGGGCAAGUACGCACUGCUGAUCGAAUCGCCCAAGAAUGACUACACCAACGAGCGGGAGCCGUGCGACACGAUGAAGGUGGGCCGCAAUCUAGACGCCAAAGGAUUCGGAAUUGCCACGCCCCUGGGAUCACCGCUGAGAGACCCCGUCAAUCUGGCAGUGCUGUCGCUAAAGGAAAACGGUGAACUCACCAAGCUGGUUAACAAAUGGUGGUACGAUCGAACAGAAUGCAAGCACAGCGACAAACAGGAUGCCUCCAGAAACGAACUCUCCCUAAGUAACGUAGCCGGAAUAUUCUACAUCCUCAUAGGCGGCCUAUUGGUGGCAUUGGCUGUCGCCCUGGUGGAGUUUUGCAUGAAAAGUUCCAACAGGGCGUCCAACCGCAUCCCGCUGUCCGAUACGAUGAACUCCAAUUCCAACUCGAAAAAUCGACUAACGAUGCCACCCACCACGCGGGACUACGACAACGGUCGAAUUGGGUACUACACGCCGUCGACGCACUCCGAGCCCGAUCCGAUCCAUGCCAACUCGCACACGCAGGUUUGAUGUAAGGAGCCGCCAGAAUUGCGCCUAUGACGACCACCGUACGCACCCACCAUUCGGCAGAUCGUGGCCAACAGUCAGCACGACACGUCCACGCUGCUAAAACAACGACAGCUCGUUGCCGGGCCUGGAGCACCACCCGGUAGCGUAAUGGGUCCCGGUCCCGGUGGUGGCGGUGGUGUCGGUAUGGUGCACGAUAAUUCUGGCUUGUAAAGCGUCUCCCAGUUUCCAACUUCCACUCCACAAUCCACCCUCCUCCCUAUUAAGCGUGGAAAAGCGCCUUCCACCCUCACAAAACGACCACAACGUCGCAUGUGGAUAAUCCAACCUAAAAAAAAAAACAGUCAUCAAUGAUACGAAUUCUAGGUCGUAAUUGUAAGAAAAUGGUGUACAUAGUUUAGUUUUUGUUAUGAAAUGUAAAAUUUAAAGUGCUAGGUAAUCAAAUUAUAAACUAAAUCUAAUCAAAUACGAAGGAUUCUGCCAGUGUUCAGUGCGGUCAGAAUCCAAGUAAGGAAAAAUGAACUGAUGAAUAAGAAGUAAACAAAUAAAGCCAAAACUCUCUGUUAUUUGUUCAUUGAACUGAAGGAUAAUAUUUCAAUCGAAUGCUAAACAAUUAAACAAAUAAAAUAAAAAGAAAACAAUUAAACUAAUACAAGAAAUCACACUGACACGUAACACACGAACACAUACAUUGUAAAAUCAAACCAACAAUAGUUUUACCUUAAGCGAAUCGUAAAUAGUGCAAUCCUUCAACAAUAAACACAAAUCUACCUAAUCAUCUUGCGCAUUUCAAGAAGGAGACAACCGCUAAUAAGAAAAUCAAUUCAAAAUCGUUUCAAAGGCAAGGGAAUCGAUUGUUGACAGGACAAAACUAAAUCAAUUCCUAGAAUCAUGUCAUUCUUUUUUACUCGCACUGCGAAAUCUCCUAACCUCCCUAAAAAAAAAGAAGAAAUACUAAGUGAACCCAAAUUGACGCGCCACUUGUCACAGCCAAUACAGAGAGAAUCAAAUUGCAGUAAAUCCCAGUGAAUGUAAACGAGUGAGUGAAACUGCGAACGGCAUGGACCGUAUGAGUGAUCGCCAAUCAUUUAAGAAGAAAAUUCGAGUGAAUAAACCAAUCACGUGCAAACAGAAUAAAUCGUGAUAGAAUAUUAAGGUUGAUUGAAACAUGAAAACAACAACUUGAAUAACUGGAAAGGCGGAAAAGAGAGAUAUCAAAAAAAAAAUCAAACUGAUGUGUUACACAACUAAAUUAAGUAAACUAAAUGAAGGAGAAGAAGAAGAAAAUCAGAAAAGAAGAAAAACACACACACUCACAUACACAAAACCUAUGGACGAUUGUUUUUAUCAUGGUUCCGUUUGUACAGCGAUUAUUAUGACACCGUUUUUGUUGGGGAAAUGUUUUUUGAAAUAAAAUCGAAAUCUAGAAACUUUUAA